AUGUGGGCAGAAGAGGUGGCCCAUCUCGAAACGGAGCCUCAGUAUCGUGGUGACCGCUUCGGGAGUCCCGCAACCGCCCCAUCUCCCACCCUUCCCAGCGCGGCGGUGAAUGAAGAUCUCUGCCCUCCCGCUGAGUCUGGCAGUUUCGAAUCCAUGCAAGUCCUAGGUCACCGCCUCGACGUUUCCAACAACACACUCGGCAGGUGUCGAGACUUGAAGAGCGCUACCCGACGCAGGGACUACCCAUCUCCGCCGAUGUCCGGAACUCCACCUCUCCCCUCGAAACCAACUCAUGAGUCCGGUGGUCGAGCUCGGGAUCCCUACCAGACAACACCAGACCAGGACAUCUAUCGAGGGUAUGCUGCCACGCACGGCGACUUCAGAGAUCCGCACGGCCACUCCCAACCGAUCAGGCGUUAUGGCCAGGCCGCAGAGGGGCCGCGGCCAGGCUUUGCUCGGACAGACGAGUCCAUCGCCUUAUCCCGGCCCUACCCGGUACAGCAUGGAGAAGCCAUGGUGCCCCAGCACUCAUAUCUGCCGCUGCCUGCUCCAUUGCCUGUCCAGCCAAACUAUCCCGUCGCUUCGCAGCCCCCGGCGCCCGAGAACCCUACGUUUUCUUCUCCAAAAUCCCAGAGGAAAACAAAGGGCCAUGUUGCCUCAGCAUGUGUGCCUUGCAAGCGGGCCCACCUCCGGUGCGAUGCCCAAAGACCGUGUUCCAGAUGCCUCAGCAAUGGCAAAGAAGAUGCUUGUGUCGAUGUACAGCAUAAGAAGCGUGGCCGUCCGCGAUUGCGUGAGGACAGGGACCUGAGGUAUGACAUCCCUGGGAGAUUGGGCUACCCACAAGAAACAUCGGCACGGCGGCCUCUAUCGUUGUACGCUUCCAAUCCUGUUGCUCCAACAUUCGAAGAUUCACUUCGCCGUACACAGUCAUAUAGGGUAUUGAAGUCGCAACCCGCUGAUCCUGUGGUGCCAAGGUUCAUUGAGCGAGGAUCUGCAUCCGACGCGAACAUCAUCCCAGCGCCAUUGACGAUCUCAACGCGCAUACCCGAACCAGCGGCCUUUUUGACCAUGGACUUCCAGAUAGCAAAGCUUUCAGAGACCUUUGCCGAUGCUGUAGGGAUCCAGAACGCGAGGGGGUUGAGGCUGGUGGAUCUGGUCGCACCAAGCGAUCGCGAUCGCCUUCAUGGACAUCAACGCCAGAUGCAACAAGAGCAAGCCCGAAGAGACCCACACUACCUACCGCCCAUCUUUGGCAGACAGGAGGAGGACAGGGUCAUUCAGAGCCUGGGAUUCUCCCCAGAGGAAAUAUCCAAGUACUCCUUGGACAAGCACGAAUUCGUGACAUUCAUCAGCCAAGACGGCCAGCCGAGGAAUUUUGCGAUGCGUCUGGGCCUCGCGAAACAAGAAUCGGUAUACUUCGUGGUUGUUCACCUGAACACUGGCGUGCGAUCCCUGGGCCAUCCCACACCAUCACCCAACCCCCGCGAUGUUCGAGAAUCGCAUUUCGCGUAUCAGCAGCCGUAUCAGCAGCCCUUUUCGCAGCCGACUCCAGUAUCGGCCACUUUUGAACCUCGACGACAGCGCCUUGGAGACACGGCAUACGUUGGUUCAAGACAGACGGGACCCCCUGGCCAAGGCGCCCCGGGUCAAAGUCCUGGCUUGCCGUCAUCCUACGCGGCAUCGCCUAGUCGACCAGACUAUCCUGCGGGGUCGUCGCCGUAUCAAAUACCCAGGAGCGAGUUGGGUACAUCCCAUAUGGGCGUGCAAUCAUCGGGGUAUCGCUUGCCUCCCAUCCUGGCACCACAGCAAGCAAGUCAGACUCCAAACGAGCCACCAACGUGGCCACAUCAACGAGAUGACAAAUCUCGUGUUGAUAUAGGCGGUCUGAUCGAGAGGCCAAACCCUCCUGGAAGGCAACAUUGA